UCUAUACGCGGGAAAAGUGAGAAAAUCUGUGAUAGGCGGGAGCAGUCCUACGUCACGACUGGGACCUUCCGGGUCCCAUAAACAAAACUGAACCUAAAAGCUAUCAGCAUAGAAUAGAAAAUCGAAUAUGUAUAAAAUUAUAGAGUUUGGAGCUAAUUCGAAUGGAACCUUACUGUGUGGAGAUAAAGCAUAGUUUUCCGAAUACGUGCGGGUUGGGAGAAAGCACUUUCCGGUUGUAUGGCGGGCAGUAUGACGCAGAUGAACUGAGGCUGAGGCUCGCUCAGUCGUCGCGAGGUACCAGUCGAGUAGAGUCCGCCCGCACGCGAGGACUCUACCCCGCCGUUUCCCUUACGAUAAUAUCUCCGCGAUAUCAAAUUGUUGUGCCAAAGGUGACAAUUAUAAAUGACAUCACAAAGUUUAACUAUUAUUUAGCGCAAGAACUUUCCGGUUUCAGCAGACGAGCGACGGGAGAGGCCGCAACAUGCUACGUUCCCUUCUGCUGGUUGCCUUCGUGGCAACCGCGGCCUCGCAGUCUGCUCCUGACCCUGGAUUCACACCAUCGGAAGAGGUCUCGCCGACGGUCCUAGGCGAGGUGGAGGCGCGCGACGGAGGCACUGACCUGGAGUUCCGGUACCACGACCACGAGCAGCUCACGCGUUACCUGCGCGCGGUGUCGGCGCGCUACCCCGCCCUCACGGCUCUCUACUCCAUCGGCAAGUCCGUACAAGGUAGGUGGAGGCGACGGAGGCACUGACCUGGUGUUCCGGUACCACGACCACGAGCAGCUCACGCGCUACCUGCGCGCGGUGUCGGCGCGCUACCCCGCCCUCACGGCUCUCUACUCCAUCGGCAAGUCCGUACA